AUGGCAGCCCCACUCGCAGUCCCUACGAUCGACAUCACAGCCCUGCUCAACAACUCCUCAGCAACUACUGAAAAGCAGCACGUCGCUGUCGAGCUCCUCAACGCGUUCACAACCUACGGCGUCUUCUAUAUCACCUCCCCUUCCCACCCACUCUUUACAACACAAAGCACAAACCAAGUUCUCGAUGCCACCAAGCGACUCUUUGACCUCGACGCUGCCGAAAAGGCGCAGAUCCCCAAGAUCCAACCUGGCGGAUUCACUCGUGGAUACGUCCCCAUCGGUGGAGAGUCUGGCUCGGCGACCAAGGAGCUCAAGGAAGGAUUCUCGUACGGGUAUGAAUGGCCUGCAGAGGAACUCAGGGCCAAACAGGCCGGCGACAGUCUGAACGGACUGCAGGGACCCAAUGCCUGGCCUGCUCAGGCUUCGCUCGAUCAGCUCGAUCAGGGCCACAAGGAUGCUUUCAAGGGCACUCUCCAAGAGUUUUACCUCCACGUCUGCGAUAUUGCUAAGGGUCUCCUCAAGGGCAUCUCUCUGGCAUUGGCAUUGCCCGAGGACGAGCUGUCAAAGUACUGCACCACCAGCGAGACCAUCUCCUUCAUGCGGCUAUUCCAUUACCUCCCUUAUGCCGACCAAGGCCAUACUGCCCAGAUUGGCUCCAGCGCACAUACGGAUUGGGGUUUCUUGACACUGAUUCUGUCGCCUUCCAAGACCGUGGGUCUGCAACUGUUCCAUGACAACAAAUGGCAAGACGUCCCCUCCCGCGACAACAGUCUGGUCAUCAACGGAGGCGACUAUCUCUCGCUCCUCACCGGAGGUAAACUGAUCAGCCCAUUGCACAGGGUCGUCAGCAACGGACAGGAGGAACGCUACUCGAUGUGCUGCUUCUACUACCCAGACUAUGAUGCCAAGAUCCCCUUGCUGGUUCAGGAGGAAGUCAGGGGCCAGGCAGCUUCCGGGAACUACAGUCUUUUGAGAGACCAGCGUGACGAGGAUGCCAAGCACGAUGCUACAUCUGCUGCCGCCAAGGAUGGUCAGGAUGCUCGGUCGGUGGCCACCAAGCUGCUCAACGGCGACAUCAACUUUGGAGACUACAUCAUCAGCAAAUGGACUCAAGUCUACCGCAAAGGUGGCGCCUACUAA